AUGCAUGAUUCAGGCCCACUGACACUGAUUAUACCUGAACAUAUUCUUAAACCUAUACUUGUUACUGCAGAGUGUAUUAGAUUAAACAAAUCAAUUCUUGAACCAUUAUCUGCUACUGCAAAUUGUAGAAAAAGGAAAUUAGUCCAUGCCCUAGAAAUACACCAAGCACUUGAGUUACUUACUGAAACUUGUAAAUCUCCGAUUGGUCGCCAUGACCUCGCUGGCAUAAAGAUCCUUCCCAUUAUUAUUAACCUCACAAGAUUUCUUAUAUCCUCUUCGAGCCGUAACCUGCUUUACUUGUCUUUAAAACUUCUAAUAAACCUUUGCAAUGGGGAGAUACUGAAUCAAGAUUGCUUCUUAGAGGAAGAUGGUAUCGAUGUUGUUGCUAGGGUUUUCGAUUCGGUGAGUUUUAAGACAGACAUAGAGACUACCGUAUAUGGGUUGCAGCUUUUAGGAAAUUUAUGUCCAGAAGGGGAGGAACAUCGGGCUGCUGUGUGGUGUAGAUUCUUUCCUGUUGUGUUCAAAGAUAUUUCUAGGGUUCGGGUAAGAGAAAUUGCUGAUGUAUUGUGUAUGGUUCUAUACGCUUGCUGCGAUGGAAGUAAUGCACUAAUAGGACAGCUUUGUGGGGCUCAAGGGUUACAAAUCCUUGCGGAAAUUCUUACAACUGCUUCAACAGAUAAAGGAGAAGAUGAGUUUUUAGUGGAGCUUCUUGCAAAAGUUUGCCUCGGGGGAUCCUAUUUUUGGCCUUUACUUUCUGAACUGAGCAUACCUGCAGGUGCUCUUGAAAAAACUGAUAGUUUGAGUGCUGCUGAAAAAACUUUUACACCAGUGAAUUCAUAUUUAUUGAAAACGCUCUACGAGUACUUGUUCAAAAAACGUCAUGAAACUGUUUUUCUGUCUAAAGAUUUUGCAGUCUCAAUUCUUGGAUUAUUAAAGAGAGUUGUUCGAGCAGUUGAUUUCUUAUCGAGAGAUGAAUCUCAUCUACCUACUUAUUCUCCUACAGUUAAUGUUCUUGGUUAUACAAUCAGCAUUAUAAUGAUCAUCUGUAUAAGAAGUGAAGAUGCAGUAGUUGAUUUGUUACUAUCGUCCGGACUUGUAAAUAUUUUCUUAGGUUUACUCCGUGAGCUUGAGCAGCCUGAGAUAAUCAAGAAAUAUAAUCGUCAGGACCUUACUGGUGUAGAGCAGAAGGUAUGCCCUUAUAAAGGGUUUAGGCGGGAUUUAGUGGGUGUUAUAGGUAAUUGCCUGCACGAGCGGAAGCAUGUACAAGAUGAGAUUAGGCAUAAAAAUGGCAUUCUUUUGUUAUUGCAACAGGGUGUCGAAGAUACUGAGAAUCCGGGUUUGAGAUCUUUUGGAAAUGUGGCAGUGAAUAAUUUACUUUAUAAAAACAGAGAGAACCAGCAAGUAGUUGAAAAACUGAGAAAAGGUACUGCAUUUGUGCCUGCACUUGUUGAACUUAGGAAGGGGGUGGUGGCUGUGAACUCGUUAACUGGACGUCCUACACUUGUCAGCCACCAAUGA